CAUUAAAAAUACUAAAUUCACUAGUUUAAAAUUGUUACAGUAGCAAUAUACAAGUAUUACUGUGAACAGAUGUUAAACAAUAUGCUUACAUAUUUAGCCAUUGUGUUUUCGUUAUUGAUGUUUGUAGAAGCUGAACAAAGAUGGCAUACAUCGCAAAUAGCAUUAACGAAACUAUAUGAUCUGCAAAACGAUCAUUUUAAUGUCUUCAAUAAAUACUUGGAUUUGGAGAUAAAACGUUUGGAAGAAUUAAAAGAUCAUGUAGCUGCGGUAUAUGAAUGGCGUGAUCAUAAAAAAACCAACAGGAACUUUUUACACAAUCAUUUGGAUGUUACUAAAUUGAUGAAACAAAUGCAUCAACAUGUUUUAAAAACUAAAGAUUUAAUAAAAAAUAAACUAUCUAUAGAAGCGUUAAGAGAAAUCGACGAGAACAAAGAUCUUAGUGGUAAUCAUAUAUUGUUGGCGCAUCAAGCAAUGAGGAGACUACAAAUAUUUUAUGCGAUUCCUACAUCAGACAUGUCUGAAGGUAGAUUUAAUAAUAAAAUUAUCGGUGAUAAAAUGGAUGCAUGUGAAUGUUACGUCAUGGCGAAGUAUUGUUCAGAGGAAAACGAUAUGUAUGGCGUCAUAGAUUGGGCUGUUGAAGCAUAUUAUAAAUGGAAGAGUGAUGGUCAACCAGAAUGUGUUGAUCCCGAAAUUUUAAAUUUCUACAUAAUGUCAUCAUCAGUAUUUACAGGAUUUAACUUUAUGAAUUUACUACCAUUAAAUGGAUCAAGCAAUCUUCAAGAAGAUACUGACAAAUUUUUAUGGUAUCACCAUCUUAUAAAAAAUGAAUUAUUUGAAAUGAAUAAUAAGGCGAGAACGUUGGGCGUAUUUGAACGUUUUAAAACAAGACAAUUUGAAAAAGAAUUUAAACAUUUGUGUAAAUAUGGGGUAUCACGGACAAUAACAAAACACUUUAAAUGUAGAUACCAAACAAAAAAUUCAUUUUACCGAAUAUUGAUGCCCUUUAAAGAAGAAGAUAUUAACAAUGACCCAUUUAUUAAAAUAUAUCAUGAUGUAUUAUAUGAAAACGAAAUUUCGAAAAUUAAAUAUAUGGUUUCGGAAGACAUGACGGAUGCAAAACUUCAUAAAAAUAAUGGUAUCUCAGAAGAAAAAAGUCGUUUAGGUCAAGCCGCCUGGAUAAAUAACAAUGAUGCUGUUGAAUAUUUUGAUUCAUUAAAUAAUCGUAUAGAAACUUUUACCGGAUUUUCUACACAGACAGCUGAACUAUAUCAAAUAGUUAAUUAUGGUAUAGGUGGUCAUUAUUUACCACAUUAUGAUCCAUUUCAUAAAGGAACUGCAAAUGAAAAUUUUGGUAACAGAUUAGUAACCGUAUUAUUUUAUUUGACUGAUGUUCAAAAUGAAGGAUAUACAUCAUUUCCUAAGCUAAAUAUUGUUGCUCCAGUUGAAAAAGGAUCUGCGUUGGUUUGGUAUAAUUUAAAUAUGUCUGAUGGAAAAUUAAACUGGGCAACACUUCAUGGGUCAUGUCCUUUAUUGAAAGGAAAUAAAUGGAUUAUGACUAGAUGGCUGUACGAAGAAGGACAGCAUUUGCCUUAUGAUUGGAAAAAUAGAGGAAGCGUGUACGCCGUGUAAGAUAAUAUACGAUGAAAUAACAAAUAUUUGCAUGUGGAUUUAUCAAUAAAUGUUUCUUAAAUAAUCUAUUUUUACUCUAUUUUUUAUAGUUUUCUAUUAUUAUCUCUACUCACUUUUUAAUUAAGUUUUAUUAUAAUUUCAACCGGCUAAGUAAAGUAAAUUGUGUUCAAAUGGUAUGAGUUAUGGUACAUCUAACAUAGAUACCUACUCGUAAAUAUACAUAUACCAGAUAUUAUGUUAUGCUUGUUACACAUAUAUUUAUAGUAUUCAUGUAUUUUGUAUUUCUUACUUUACUUGUAUUUAGUAUAUUAACGUUUUGUGGUUAUUAUUUUAAUUGUAACGGUGUUUUUAGAUUUUGGCUUUACCGAUUUUUACAUACCUCCAUUUUUAAACUUGUUAAUUUAUUGCGAGAGUUAAAAAAAUGUAUAAGAGUAGGAUUGGCUUGAUUAUAGCGAGUGUUUUUUAAAACUAUUUGAAUAGAUUGAUAUACAAUAGUUUAUGAUCUUUAUUGGCUUUAUUUAAAUGUUUUGAUGUUUCAUUUAAAUUUUAAAUGCUGUAUAUAAUCGGUAUCGUCAAAAACAAUAAUGUUACUUUUGUGCAUAUUUUAGUAGGUAUGCAUAUAAU